CGGCCGCCGCCACUACCGGGGCCUGAGCGGGCCUGGCGGAGCCCGAGCGCGGCCCGGCCCGCAGCGCGGGGCCCCGAGCGCGGUGAAGAGAUUGCUUUCUGAAGGCUGCGUCGAAGGCCGUGACGGAGCAGAGCUCGUGUAGAGCUGAUGGGGAGGCUUUCUGAAUAAGAUGGCCCUUCGCCCUUAGCCUUGCCAUGACCACAUUUUUCACCAGCGUCCCCCCCUGGAUUCAAGAUGCAAAGCAGGAGGAGGAAGUGGGCUGGAAACUAGUUCCCAGGCCUCGGGGCCGGGAGGCGGAGAGUCAAGUGAAGUGCCAAUGUGAAAUCUCGGGGACACCCUUCUCAAGUGGGGAGAAGCUGAGACCUCACAGCCUCCCGCAUCCAGAGCAGAGACCGUAUAGCUGCCCUCAGCUACACUGUGGCAAGGCUUUUGCCUCCAAGUACAAGCUGUAUAGGCACAUGGCCACCCACUCGGCCCAGAAACCCCACCAGUGCAUGUACUGUGAUAAGAUGUUUCAUCGCAAGGACCAUCUGCGGAAUCACUUGCAGACCCACGACCCCAACAAAGAGGCUCUCCACUGCUCCGAGUGCGGUAAGAAUUACAAUACAAAGCUGGGCUACCGGCGCCACCUGGCCAUGCAUGCUGCCAGCAGCGGUGACCUCAGCUGCAAGGUGUGCCUGCAGACCUUUGAGAGUACCCAGGCCUUGUUGGAGCACUUGAAGGCCCAUUCCCGCCGGGUCGCAGGUGGUGCUAAGGAGAAGAAGCACCCCUGUGACCACUGUGACCGGCGCUUCUAUACUCGUAAAGAUGUGCGGCGGCACCUGGUGGUGCACACAGGCCGUAAGGAUUUCCUGUGCCAGUACUGUGCCCAGCGGUUUGGCCGCAAGGACCACCUGACACGCCAUGUCAAGAAGAGCCACUCACAGGAGCUACUCAAGAUCAAGACGGAGCCAGUGGACAUGUUGGGCCUCCUCAGCUGCAGCUCCACAGUCAGCGUGAAGGAAGAGCUGAGCCCUGUGCUGUGCAUGGCCUCUCGGGACGUGAUGGGGGCCAAGGCCUUCCCUGGCAUGUUGCCCAUGGGCAUGUAUGGCGCCCACAUCCCUACCAUGCCCAGUGCGGGCAUGCCACACUCCCUGGUGCACAACACACUGCCCAUGGGUAUGAGCUACCCUCUGGAAUCCUCACCCAUCUCUUCCCCAGCUCAGCUCCCUCCAAAAUACCAGCUUGGAUCUACCUCAUACCUGCCCGACAAAUUGCCCAAAGUGGAGGUGGAAAGUUUCCUGGCAGAGCUUCCUGGAAGCCUGUCUCUCUCGUCCGCCGAGCCCCAGCCCGCCUCACCUCAGCCGGCGGCGGCGGCGGCGGCCCUCCUCGAUGAAGCACUGCUCGCCAAGAGCCCCGCCAACCUCUCCGAGGCCCUCUGCGCUGCUAAUGUGGACUUCUCCCACCUGCUGGGCUUUCUUCCCCUCAACCUGCCCCCAUGUAACCCUCCCGGGGCCACAGGAGGCCUGGUCAUGGGCUACUCUCAGGCGGAAGCACAGCCCCUGCUCACCACUUUGCAAGCUCAGCCCCAGGAUUCCCCGGGAGCUGGGGGACCACUGAACUUCGGGCCUCUGCACUCCUUGCCUCCUGUCUUCACCUCUGGCCUGAGCACCACCACCCUGCCUCGUUUCCACCAAGCAUUCCAGUAGCCCCCACAGAGGCCCUCCAUUCGCUCUUUGGCUCUGUCAGGGAGCUUUAGUACCUACCCCGUCCACCUCCCCUGAGAAGGCAGCUUAGCUUUCAGAGCUGAGUUCACAAAAAAUUCCAGUGUCUGUUUGGAGCACUUGGUUUGGGGGUUCAGGCUCCAGGAUCAAUUCUAGGCAGCCCCAGCCCCUUGAAAAGAUCUCAGACCAUAGGACUUCAGGUAUGUUUCCUUUUUUAAAAAAAAAUCUUGAUCUGAAUCAGGAGCCACAGUUAGCCCUCUCCUUCUCAGAACCUCCUUCUCUUUGGAGAAGGGGAUGGCCUCUUGGAGACACAGAGGGUUUCACCUUGGAUGACCUCAAGAGAAAUAGCCCAAGAAGCCCGCCUUCUGGUCCCCACCUGCAGACCCCAGAGCAGUGAAGCUGGUCAGGCCCUGCUGCAGAAGGUCGCUUGGCUCCGUCGCCUGUUUGCAGCCAUCAGGCAGGAGAGAGAGGGCCUCUCUCCUUCCGACCCCCAGCCCUACUGCACCAACACCUCUGUUUCAGUCAGUGUUGUCCAGCAACGGUACCGUUUACAGUCGCCUCAGACACACCGUCUCACCUCCCUCGCCACGCUGUUAGCCUUAGAGUGAUUGCAGUGAACACUGUUUACACACCGUGAAUCCAUUCCCACAAGUCCAUUCCAGUCGGCACCAGCCUGAACCGUUUGGUACCUGGUGUAACCUGGAGUCCUGUUUACAAGGCGGAGUCGGGUCUUGCUGACUUCUCUUCACUUGAGGUCACGUCUUUCCCCUGUGGGGAAAUAAACUGACUUUGGACUGCUUCAGUCUCUGCCAUCUUCCCUGACUGCGUCUGUCCCGGCCUUGCUCGCCUUGCUCGGCCUGCUUGGCCGUGUCCACGGAGACAGGCAAGAGGAUUGGAGCGGCUUUCACGGGUCUGCCAUUCUGCUUUUCUUCAAGUACAUCACGGCCCUGUCUUCCUCCUUUUGAACUGGAGAGGGGAGGAAACCAGAAGGCACGCCCACAUCCAUUCUCCCCGGCCUCCCCCCACCCCCCAAUAUCCUGAGCUGUUGAUGCUACGGGGAGGAGGGGGAGGGGUCGUAGGCCGGUGUGGAUCGCAGAGGCUCUGAGCCCCUCACUGUCUCCCUCUACCCCUCUACCAGGAAGUUGUGGAGUUGUUGGAAGAAGUUUUCAGAAAAUUAGAAGUUGGCAGAGAGUUGAGUCCUAAUCCGUGGGUUCAUCGUUGUCUCCCAUGUGGAAAUUUUUCUUAUUCACAAUGUCCCUCCUGUCGCCUCCAUUUUGCAGUCCCCAUGGACUCGGAGCCACCGCGCGUAGGCAUCUCCGUUCUCCAACAAAGAACCUCCACCUUCUUCCUGUGCUCCCCCCUCCUCAGUUUUGCCCCCAGUGCCCAGCAGGGUUCCUAGCAACAAAUGAUGAGUUCUUUCUAGACACGUGGGGCUUCCUGCUGCACACGGCACAGCCCUUGCCAGAACCCAGCCGGGUCCCAUCCCCACUUCAUCUCAGUUCUGCGUGGGCUCUUCCCACCCCUGGAAGGGAGGCAGCUCAGGGACCACCACUGUGGGACCUCUUGAGACACCUCCACUCUGAUCAGAAACACACUUCUACCUCUUUACUGUGAACUCCGACACUUGGCAGCUGGCAGUUUCAGGGCGCUUGCGUCAGUGGUGCCUCCUGCUGGCUUCUCCACUCGAGUUUCAGGACAAACUACCAAGGAACUGCCUCAGACUCCCACCAGUUCCCUCAAAGCCCCCGGCCCCUGCCUUCUGUCUUCUACUCCCUUUGGUUUAUCAUCAGGACUGAGCAGGUCCAAGACCCAGGCUUCUGCUGCAGCCCAGGCCAGCACACCUUGUUAGAGGUGAAAGCCUUAAAGUUCAGCUCCGUGGCCCGAUCGGAAGCUAGAUGGAGUGAACGAGCGUGUUUUGAUUUAGGCAAGGUAGCUUGGGAUACCUUCACAAGAGCAAAGCCAGAUAUCAAAAUGUCUGGCAAGGUUAGAAUCAGACUAGGUGAUUUGCUUCUAAAAAUUAGUUUCAGUUGAGUCCCAGGGACUAAUUAAGGUUUAUUUUAAAAAGCGCCUAUUUGGGUACGCAGCCUCCUGCAUGCUGUGCAUGUCGUCGGGACUCCUGUUAGAGGAAAUGGUAUGUGAGAGCCCGCGGGGGCUUGCCGCUGCUGCUCUGUGGCCAGUCUGCACGAGAGCCAGCAGCCCUCCCCUUGCCUGCCGCCUUCCCUGCGCCCUGUCCUUGAGGCACAGGGACCUCUGGCUGCAGAGUAUGAAGUCCUGGGCUGUUAGAGGAAUCCGUCCUCUGCCCUUUCCUGCCCCUUUCCCAAAUUCUCGCCUCUCGCUACACCGAUGUUGGGAAACCCAGGACAGGCAAAGCAGCCGUUUAAGAUCUUGUAACGGGCCUGGCCCCCGCCUCGCGGCUUUUCUCCUUGCUUCCCUGACUCCCGUCUCCCUUCAUCCUGGUUCUCCUUUCUCUUUUCUCAUUGCCCUCACAACCCACAAAACAUUUUUCUUGUCACUGUGAACUUUGCUGGUGCAGAGGAAUGUUGUCUGCCUUCACCUUUUUCUUUAUCUUAGCCACCCAGCUGUUUCUUAAACCUUCCCAAAAUUAUUAAAAAAAAAAAAAAAGCCUUACGGCCCAGUGGUUUAAAGGAUAGGAGUAG